CGGUGUAACAGUAAAACUGUUUUUUUACUCAACAAUAAAUGAUAUUUUCUACUUGGGAGUAAAUAUGGAUUAUGAACUACGACAAAUUAUGAACCAAAUAAGCUCAACAUUAGUAAUAAUACUUUUGAUUACAAUUUCUUCGUAUGCUUCAAACACAAAUGAAACAUCGAACCUGAUUUGUUCAAUCGAGAAGCCAUUCACAUGCGAUGAUGGAAACACGACUUUGCGUUUCUGUUUCCAAAUAUGCGACAGCGUGAUCAACUGUGAGGACGCCUCCGACGAAAUGGAACCAGAUUGCCAUUAUUUCCACUGUCAGGAUGAUAAUAACUCUGUAAUUCCAAUCUACGGCAUCUGUGACAACCACGUCGAAUGCCCGAAUGCUAGAGAUGAGGGAGAUAUUUGCAUGUUUUAUCCUCGUUUUGUGUGCGACAAUCAUGUCGACGCAGAGUACGACUACCGCUAUGACAACGAUUACGCCCAUAAAACAAACACGACUGCACCUGGCCAUACAAUUCCAAGGUAUUAUACGUGCUUUGGGGUGGACAGUUGUGGAGACGGGAGUUCGGAGCAGUGCUUCCAGUGUGACACUGGCAAGGAGAGGUACCACCGGGACUUCAUGUGCGACGGAGUCAAAGAUUGCCCAGAUGGAACUGAUGAGCGGGAGUGUCCGGAUACAAUCUGCACCGCUGGUCUCGCUAAUUCGACCGUGUGGUGUGACACUGAGCAUACACAACGCAUUCACUGCAUUCAACUGUGCGACGGGAAAACCGACUGUGACAACGGGUACGAUGAGUCCCGUUGCGAGUACUUCGUGUGCGACGACAAAACAGUCAUUCCUCUGUUCCAGCAGUGCGACGGGACUGUCAAUUGCAAUGACUCAUCAGAUGAAAAUAGAGGCUGUGAGAGCAUUGGCCCAAAAAUACAAUGCAAAGAUGGCACCCAAUGGACCAGAUACUCGGCAUGUGAUGGACACUUUGACUGUUUCGGUGGGAGAGACGAAAGAAUGUGCCACCAGUGCAACAGUAGCUUCAGACGAUACCACCAGGAUCAUAUGUGUGACACCAUACUAGACUGCGAGGAUGGAACAGAUGAGACAGACUGUGAUCCAGGUAUGAUAACUGAAGGUACGUCAGAGCUAGAUGCGACAAUGGAAGAUACUUCAGAGAUAGAUUCGACAACUGAAGGUAUCUCAAUGCUAGAUGCGACAGCGGAGGAAAUUUCAGAGCUAGAUGCGACAACUGAAGGAACCUCAGAUUCAGAUGCGACAACGGAAGAUGCCUCAGAGCUAGAUGCGAAAACGGAAGAUACCUCAGAGCUAGAAGCGACAACUGAAGGUACCUCUGAGCUAGAUACAAUUGAAGAUACCUCAGAGCUAGAUGCGACAACGGAAGAUACCUCAGAGCUUGAUGCGACAACUGAAAGCACCUCAGAGCUAGAUGCGACAAUGGAAGAUACCUCAGAGCUAGAAGCGACAACUGAAGGUACCUCUGAGCUAGAUACAAUUGAAGAUACCUCAGAGCUAGAUGCGACAACGGAAGAUACCUCAGAGCUUGAUGCGACAACUGAAAGCACCUCAGAGCUAGAUGCGACAAUGGAAGAUACCUCAGAGCUAGAAGCGACAACUGAAGGUACCUCCGAGCUAGAUACAAUUGAAGAUACCUCAGAGCUAGAUGCGACAACGGAAGAUACCUCAGAGCUUGAUGCGACAACUGAAAGCACCUCAGAGCUAGAUGCGACAAUGGAAGAUACCUCAGAGCUAGAAGCGACAACUGAAGGUAUCUCUGAGCUAGAUACAAUUGAAGAUACCUCAGAGCUAGAUGCGACAACGGAAGAAACCUCAGAGCUUGAUGCGACAACUGAAAGCACCUCAGAGUUAGAUGCGACAAUGGAAGACACUUCAGAGCUAGAUUCGACAACUGAAGGUAUCUCAAUGCUAGAUGGGACAGCGGAAGAAAUUUCAGAGCUAGAUGCGACAACUGAAGGAACCUCACAUUUAGAUGCGACAACGGAAGAUGCCUCAGAGCUAGAUGCGAAAACGGAAGAUACCUCAGAGCUAGAAGCGACAACUGAAGGUACCUCUGAGCUAGAUACAAUUGAAGAUACCUCAGAGCUAGAUGCGACAACAGAAGAUACCUCAGAGCUUGAUGCGACAACUGAAAGCACCUCAGAGCUAGAUGCGACAAUGGAAGAUACUUCAGAGCUAGAUUCGACAACUGAAGGUAUCUCAAUGCUUGAUGUGACAGCGGAGGAAAUUUCAGAGCUAGAUGCGACAACUGAAGGAACCUCAGAGUUAGAUCCGACAACGGAAGAUGCCUCAGUGCUAGAUGCGACAACGGAAGACCCCUCAGAGCUAGAAGCGACAACUGAAGGUACCUCUGAGCUAGAUACAACUGAAGAUACCUCAGAGCUAGAUGCGACAACGGAAGAUACCUCAGAGCUGGAUGCGAGAACUGAAAGUACCUCAGAGCUAGAUGCGAUAACUGAAGGUAUCUCAAUGCUAGAUGCGACAGCGGAGAAAACUUCAGAGCUAGAUACGACAACUGAAGGAAUCUCAGAGUUAUAUGCGACAACGGAAGAUACUUCAGAGCUAGAAGCGACAACUGAAGGUACCUCUGAGCUACAUACAACUGAAGAUACCUCAGAGCUAGAUGCGACAACGGAAGAUACCUCAGAGCUGGAUGCGACAACUGAAAGUGCCUCAGAGCUAGAUGCGACAACGGAAGAUACCUCAGAGCUCGAUGCGACAACUGAAAAAACCUCAGAGCUAGAUGCGCCAACGGAAGACACCUCAGUGCUAGAUGCGACAACGGAAGAUACCUCCGAGCCAGAUACGACAACUGCAGUUACCUCAGAGUUAGAUACAACUGAGGGUACCUCAGAGCGAGAUGCGCCAACGGAAGACACCUCAGUGCUAGAUGCGACAACGGAUGAUACCUCAGAGCUAGAUGCGAUAACUGAAGUUACCUCAGAGCUAGAUGCGCCAACGGAAGAUACCUCAGAGCUAGAUGCGACAACUGAAGGUAACUCAGAGCUAGAUGCGACAACGGAAGAUACCUCAGAGCUAGAUGCGCCAACGGAAGAUACCUCAAUGCUAAGUGCGACAACUGAAGGUACUUCAGAGCUAGAUGCGACAACUGAAGGUACCUCAGAGCUAGAUGCGACAACUGAAGGUACCUCGGAACUAAAUGCGACAACGGAAGAUACCUCAAAGCUAGAUUCGACAACUGAAGGUACCUCAGAGGUAGAUGCGACAACGGAGGCUACUUCAGAACUAAAUGCGACAACGGAAAAAACUUCGGAGCUUGAUGCGUCAACGGAAGAUAGUUCAGAGCUAAAUGCGGCAACUGAAGGUAACUCAAAGCUAGAUGCGACAACUGAAGGUACUACAGAGCUAGAUGCGACAACGGAAGAUACUUCAAAACUAGAUGGGUCAACGGAAGAUAGUUCAGAGCAAGAUUCGCCAACGGAAGAUGCCUCAGGCCAAGAUGCGCCGACUGAAGACGUCGCAAUCAAAAAUAUAACACACGCUGAGCUCAUAGGUGAAUCAUCGACUACUGAAAUUUUUGCAGCUUCGCCAAGCACUGCAACUAUCCAAGAACCGUCUUCCUAUACAAUCGGCACAAAUUUAUCGAGCAACAGCAGCGAAACAGUUCAAGAUGAUAUUAUUUUGUCAGCGACAGAAUUGAACACAGGUGUCGACAGUGAACCAACAACAGAUCCCAAAUUAGAAGAAUCAACGCAAUCAUCAGAAACCCAGUCUCCAAUGCAAGAAGCGACAAAUAGUGAAACUAUGGUACUUGAAACAACCACUAUUUCUAUGGAAAAUAUCACCAGUACUUCAACAAUAGUUGAGUAUGGGAAUAUUGUGUACAAAAUGAUCUUCGAAUUCGGUUCGGAAAACGAAAGCUGUGCUGACUUAGUUCCAAAAACAGCAACUGAACACGUUGAGCUAGCUGAAUCUCUAAAAACGUACCUUGGAAAUUCGGUCCCAUCAUCUUCGAAAAUCGAAAUAGUGUCAGCGACCUGCGGUUCGCUAGACAUCCAAUUCAGGAUCAAAGAAGCCUAUAAAAAUUACACGGACGAAUUCAGCUUGCACUCUACCGAAGAAGAAAUCAAACUGAAUUGGAGAGGAGCUGAACUGACGCUUAGAGAGGUCAGUUCCAGUGUCGAUUCAGGACCUGGGGUCGUUUCAAGUGACGAUGAGGACGAUGACGCAACUCUGGCGAUCGUUCUGGGAAUCAUAUUCGGUAUUCUAUUUCUGUUGGCAAUUGCGGUAGUGCUUGCAUUUCUUGAGCGAAGAUUCUGCAUGCUGGAUGAUGAAUCCCCGGAAUCAACUCAAGUAAGUUCCAGUUCCGAGUCCAAAUAUGCGACAGAAGAUCUCCAACUCUUUCCUAUUGAACCACAUCCAUCUCUCGAAGACGACGAAAAAGUACCUAAAAUAGAGGUUACCCCCGCGACUGUACAUGAGAGUAAUGACAAUGAGCGAAGUGAGGUUCUUACUGCAGUCAUAGUCGAGGGAAAACAAGACUUACCUCCACCUCCAUACGACUAAGCUGUCAAAGCAUAUAAAAAGCAGGAACGACAGUGAAUAGAAAAAAUUACAUUAGGAUCAUUUAUAUUCACCUGAUCAUAUUCACAAUACUAUCAACAAAACAAACUGAUAAUACGUAUCAAUACUGACUAAGUAA